CUCAAGAACUUCAACAAAACAGACAGGUCUGGGGAGCUCACAGAGGAGAUUUCAUGGAGCUCUUCUUGUCUUUCUGGGGCUGCUGAGUGUUUUCCUGCUGGCUGGACUCAUCGGCCUCGGUGUCCACUACCACAGUGUGCGCAGUUCAGCUGAAGAUAUCUCCGUUAUCAUAGACAACCUGACUGAGCGUCUCCAGGACAGUAAUAACAAGCUUUCUUCCAUGUCUGAAGAGAGAGACCUGCUGCUUGCCAACCUCAGUGAAAUAACUAAAGAGAUGGAAAAGCUUCAGAGUUUGUCUGUACAGAACCACAGUGUGCGCAGUUCAGCUGAAGAUAUCUCCGUUAUCAUAGACAACCUGACUGAGCGUCUCCAGGACAGUAAUAACAAGCUUUCUUCCAUGUCUGAAGAGAGAGACCUGCUGCUUGCCAACCUCACUGAAAUAACUAAAGAGAUGGAAAAGCUUCAGAGUUUGUCUGCACAGAACAGAAUUUGUCCUGCAGGAUGGAGGAUGUUCAGAUCUUCCUGUUAUCUCCUCUCCAGUGAGUCUGGUUCCUGGUCAAGAGGCAGACAGGACUGCAGAGAGAAAGGAGCAGAUCUGGUGGUUAUAGACAGCACUAAAGAACAGACAUUCUUGUCUACCUUCACUGAGGUAGAAACUUGGAUUGGUUUGACUGACAGAGACGAAGAGGGAACCUGGAAAUGGAUUGAUGGAACACCACUGACUUUAAGUUACUGGACGACAAAUCAGCCUGAUAAUGGAGGUGGAGAUCCGCAGUGGGGUGAAGAGGACUGUGCACAUAUCAGGGCUGAGGGGAAAACUGGAGACAACUGGAAUGAUCGGUCAUGUAAUACUUCUCUGCGGUGGAUCUGUGAGAAAAAUGCUGGUGUAUAAUAUGUAAAAAUGCUUUUUCAAAGCAAACUAUGAUUUUGCAAAAGGCAAAUCAGUUUGUAUGUGUGUGAAUUUAAAACUUUUCUCUGCUGUGCUGAUGACCUUUUGCUUCUGCUCUGCCUUUUUAAAGAGAUUUCUAUAAAUUAGAUGUUUACGGCUUUUGCCAGAAGAGCUUCAUUAACCAAUUUCCAAUGUUUCAAACAACUAAAAGAAGCAGACAGAUAAAACAAAUCAAACCUCUGCAAAAUGCAACAGAUUCAUAAAAACCUUUAUUUUGAUUAAUGUCUUAGCUAAAGAUUUCAUGAUAGUUGAAAGUUGCAAAAAGCCUGAUUGAGACCAUUUCUUAUGACAUCCCUCAUAUCAUAAUUAAACAAUGUAAUAUAGAUUUUGUGUAAUUAUGUCUUAUUAUAAUCAUCAAAUGACGCUUUCCUGAAAAUAAUUUUUAAAUGAAGUCUGUUCAGCAGCUGACAGAUCUCUUUAGCAGAGGCCAUCGGUGCUUUUGAAUUUUACUUGAUAAUUAGUGGUUUCACUCAGGAAACACUUGCUGUUGUGAGAGAAUAAUCAAAUUAUUUUAGAUGAAAUGUAAACCAAAACUAUUCAACAGAUGAGUCAAUAUAAAGUCAGUCAAUUACAACAUAUGAGCACUGUACUGGAGUCAGACGUUUGUCAUGACGUCCUUUGUAAUGCUGGUAGCUGAUACUGGUUGUGGCUUUUUAUGUAAUUAU